AUGGUUGCCCAGAUUUUAGACGGUAAAGCUAUUGCUUUAGACCUUCGUACAAAGAUACACGAUGAAGUUGCUCAAUUUCAGUUGAAACACCCCGAUUUCAAACCAAAUUUGGUUAUUAUUCAAGUUGGAGACAGGCCGGAUUCGACGACUUAUGUCAAGAUGAAGUUGAAGGCAGCUGAAGAAGCUAGCAUUGGCUGUGAGAUCAUUAAGUUGCCAGAAGACAUCUCUGAAUUUGAAUUGUUGAAUGAAGUUGCAAAAUUAAAUAAUUCUUUAGAUGUUGAUGGAAUUUUAGUCCAAUUACCAUUACCAGAACACAUUGAUGAGUCUAAGGUUACCGAUGCAGUUUUAGCAGAUAAAGACGUUGAUGGAUUCGGUCCCUUCAACGUUGGGGAAUUGUCUAAAAAAGGUGGAGAACCAAAAUUCUUACCUUGUACUCCAAAGGGUAUAAUGCAUUUGUUAGAGGUAUCUGGUGUUGAUGUCGAUGGUAAAUCCGCAGUCGUAUUAGGGAGAUCCGACAUUGUAGGCAAGCCAGUUGCUAACUUACUCACUAAAGCCAAUGCCAGUGUCACAGUCGUUCAUUCCAGAACUCCUAUUGAACAAGUCAAAAAGUUCUUAAGUGAAGCCGAUAUUGUUGUUGCUGCCAUUGGUCAACCUCAGUAUGUCAAAGGUGAGUGGUUGAAGUCAGGUGCAGUUGUAAUUGAUGUGGGUACCAACUUUAUCCCCGACAGUACCAAAAAAAGUGGUCAAAGAAUGGUUGGUGAUGUCGAAUACGAAGCCGCAAAAGAAAAAGUUCAAUUGAUCACCCCUGUCCCUGGUGGGGUUGGUCCAAUGACUGUUGCUUGUUUAUUAGACAACGUAGUAAUUGCCGCAAAGAGACACUACAAGGCAAACAAUGAAACUCCUAAAUUCACCAACCCUUUAAAAUUAGAUUUGAAAAAACCCGUUCCUUCCGACUUUGAAAUCUCUCGUGCUCAACAACCUAAGCGUAUCACACAAGUCGCCGAAGAAGCGGGUAUCUUGGAUGCUGAAUUGGAACCAUUUGGAUUUACUAAAGCAAAGGUCUCCUUGGACAUUUUGAAAAGAUUGCAUAACAAAAGGAAUGGUAAAUAUGUUCUUGUCACUGGUAUUACACCAACCCCGUUAGGUGAAGGUAAAUCAACCACUACUGUUGGUUUAGCACAAGCUUUGGGUGCUCAUUUGAAUAAAAAUGUCUUUGCAAAUGUUAGACAACCGUCAAUGGGCCCAACUUUUGGUAUCAAAGGUGGUGCUGCAGGGGGAGGUUACUCACAAGUUAUUCCCAUGGAUGAAUUCAAUAUGCACGUCACUGGUGAUAUCCAUGCCAUCACUAUGGCAAACAAUUUGUUGGCUGCUGCUAUAGAUACAAGAAUGUUCCACGAAUCUACACAAAAAGAUGGUCCAUUGUACAGAAGAUUGGUUCCAGAGAAGAAAGGUAAGAGAACGUUUACCAAGUCGAUGUUGAGAAGAUUGGAAAAGUUGGGAAUUAGUAAAACUGACCCAAACGAAUUAACACCAGAGGAGAUAACUGCAUUUGCUAGAUUGGAUAUUGAUCCUGAAUCGAUCACUUGGAAGAGAGUCGUUGAUUGUAACGAUAGAUUCUUGAGGGGUAUUACUGUGGGACAAGCACCGACUGAAAAGGGUUUUACCAGAGCCACUGGUUUUGACAUCACUGUCGCUUCCGAGUGUAUGGCUAUCUUAGCAUUGGCCAACUCUUUAGAAGAUAUGAGGGAAAGACUAGGUAAGAUGGUCAUUGGUACUUCUAAGCAAGGUAUCCCAGUUACAUGUGAGGAUAUUGGAUGUGCUGGUGCUUUGACUGCAUUGUUGAAAGAUGCUAUUAAACCAAAUAUUAUGCAAACAUUGGAAGGUACUCCUGUUUUUGUUCACGCUGGUCCUUUUGCCAAUAUCUCCAUUGGGGCUUCAUCCAUUUUGGCAGACAAGAUGGCAUUAAAAUUAGCUGGUACAUCCAGUGACUUGAGCCCAGAGGAAAGAAAAGAGCAAGAAGGUUAUGUUGUUACUGAAGCUGGUUUUGAUUUCACCAUGGGUGGAGAGAGAUUCAUCAACAUCAAAUGUAGAUCAAGUGGUUUAGCCCCUGAUGUCAUUGUUAUUGUUGCCACUGUUCGUGCAUUGAAAGUCCACGGUGGUGGUCCUGAAGUUAAGGCAGGUGCACCAUUAGCUCCAGAAUAUACUCAAGAAAACGUGGAAUUAUUGAGAGCUGGAUGCUCAAACUUGGUCAAGCAUAUUCAAAAUGCCAAAUCAUAUGGUUUGCCUGUUGUUGUUGCUAUCAACAAAAUGUCCUCCGACUCUGACAAGGAGCACGAGGUUAUUAAAGAAGAGGCUUUGAAAGCUGGUGCUGUUGAUGCAAUUGUUUCAAACCACUGGGAAGAAGGUGGAAAGGGAGCUGUUGAUUUGGCCCAGGGUGUCAUUGAAGCUGCCAACAGAGAAGAUAAGAACUUCCAUUUCCUUUACGGUACUGAACCAUCUAUCGAAGACAAGAUUUCAACCAUUGCCAAAGAGAUGUACGGAGCAGGUGAAGUUGAAUUCUUGCCAGAAGCCCAAAAGAAGAUUGAUUUAUACACUAAGCAAGGAUUUGGUAAAUUGCCAAUUUGUAUUGCCAAGACUCAAUAUUCAUUAUCCCACGACGCUAACUUGAAAGGUGUUCCAACUGGAUUCAAGUUCCCAAUUAGAGAUGUUAAGGCAUCAAUCGGGGCCGGUUACUUGUAUGCUUUGGCAGCUGAAAUCCAAACCAUUCCCGGUUUGCCAACUCAUUGUGGUUUCAUGAAUGUUGAGGUUAACGAGGAUGGUGAAAUUGACGGAUUGUUUUAA